CGCGGCGAGCAGCGCCCGGGCCCCGGCCUCCUCCGUCACCGGCACCCGCCGCCGCGACGAUCGCAGAGCCGCCGACCGCCAGUACUGGAGCAGCCAGGCCGCGACGGGUGCGGGGAGGAAGGAGGAAGCGCCGUGUGACGGCGGAACGGGAGGAGCGGCGGCUGCCAGGGCCAAAGAUGGCGCCGCCCUCACGGACCGAACGGAAAAGGCGCGCGCGUAUCCGGUCCGUUCCGCUCCAGCAUCCGGCCGCCCGGACCCGCCCGGAGCCGCUCCGCGCCCGUCGGGGCAGCGCCCAGCGCGGCCAUGGCGGCGUGUCCCGCCGCGCCGCUCCUCAUCAACGUCGGGGGGUCGCUGCUGGGUUUCGUGGCCACGCUCACGCUGAUCCCGGCCUUCAAAGAGCAUUUCUUGGCGGCGCGCCUCUUCGGCGAGGACCUGAACAAAGUCUCCCGGCGGCCCAUUUUGUGGAGCUCAUUGGCUCGCUCCUUGCCAUCUGCUGCAUGAUCUUCCUGGGCUUUGCAGACGAUGUGUUGAACCUGCGCUGGCGUCACAAACUCCUUCUCCCCACCAUGGCAUCCCUCCCACUGCUCAUGGUGUACUUCACCAACUUUGGGAACACAACCAUUGUGGUGCCUAAGCCUUUCCGGGCGUUUCUGGGCAUGCACUUGGACUUGGGUAUCCUCUACUAUGUGUACAUGGGCAUGCUAGCAGUGUUUUGUACUAAUGCCAUCAACAUUCUCGCUGGAAUUAAUGGGAUUGAAGCAGGGCAGUCUCUGGUGAUUGCUGCUUCCAUUAUCGUAUUCAACCUUGUAGAGUUAAACGGGGAUUAUCAGGAUGAUCACAUUUUCUCUCUCUACAUUAUGAUUCCGUUUUUUUUUACAACGCUGGGGCUGUUUUACCACAACUGGUACCCAUCCCAAGUGUUUGUUGGGGACACCUUCUGUUACUUUGCUGGCAUGACCUUUGCUGUGGUGGGGAUCCUGGGCCACUUCAGCAAAACAAUGCUCCUUUUUUUCAUCCCACAAGUGCUUAACUUCCUCUACUCAUUGCCUCAACUCUUCCACAUUAUUCCUUGUCCCCGCCACCGACUGCCAAGGCUCAAUGCUACAACAGGGAAGUUGGAGAUGAGCUACUCCAAAUUCAAAACUAAGAGCCUCUCAACCCUGGGAACAUACAUUCUGAAGGUAGUAAAGAUCUUGCACAUAGUAGAUGUGAGGAGUGGAAUGGAUGAAGAUGGUGAAUACUCCGAGUGCAAUAAUAUGACGCUUAUUAACUUUGUUAUAAAGCUGAUUGGACCCAUCCACGAACGAAAUCUCACUCUCCUGUUGCUGCUCAUUCAGGUCCUGGGCAGCAUGAUUGCAUUUUCAGUGCGGUACCAGCUGGUGCGCUUAUUUUAUGAUGUCUGACUGAGCUUCCAGGAGCGGCACCUUCCAGUGAACUGUACUAAAACAAUUCAAUUCAUCUGAUAUUUUGAUCUGAAAACUUGAAGCCACCUUUCAAAACACGAGGAACUGCUCCAGGCCGGCCUAGAAUCACAGUUCUCUUCUUAUGGACAAAGCGUCUCUGUCCUGUUCUGCUGACAGUCAGCACUGCUUGCAUGUCCUUGCUACCGGGAACACCUUUCAGAUGGGAAAUAAGCAACACGAAUCUGUACAGAGUCCUUAGGGAAAGCAGGAGAAAUGGAACGUCUAAAUGUAAGAAACAUGUUGCUGUUCCUUGAGAGAAGAAAUAAGAACUGCAGCGUCUGUGAGGCUGUACGGCAGAACAAGUGAGCUGGAAUUGCCCUGUUGGCUCAUGAAUGAGUCCAUGGAUGCAGAAUGACGUGCUGUAAUCGUACCUGUACUCAGGGCGUUCUGAGAAUAAAAGAACUCGAGGUACA